AUUCCGUUUGUUGAGCGGCUGUUUCGAGGCGGCCGCUUGAACAGAAGCACUGGAAAGUGCAAACAAACACAUCGAACCCCCUGGUAUUGACGGUGCUGUGUCGUGCAGUUGCAGCUGACCCUCAGGGGCGCACGAUUGCGAUCGAGGGACUCGUCAACAAACUCGGAUAUGCCUCUACAGCACUUGAGUCCAUUUCCGCUCAAGUAGAUUGCUCUACCCUUAGGCUCAUCCACUGGUCCUUGCCACCUACCGAGAGUGUUCAGCAGUAUGGAAGCCAUCCCAAACAGCGCCGCCCAGACGACAUUUCUGGAGGCAGUUCGAGACUUGGGCAAGAAACUCUCUCGUCGUCAAGAUAAGGACGAAUUGAUCCAGAAAAACAUUUUGAAAGAUGACGACUCUAUUUCGCCCACGCUACUCCAAGCGAAACUUUCUUUGGAGAAGGAGAAGGAGAAAGCCCAACUUGACAAGAGACUGAGCCAUCGACCCUCAAAGGUAGAUUUGAAACUUCGAAACAUCCUCAAGGUCGAGGAUGGCGGAAGUAACGAAAAUCUCGCUCAGUCCGGCCAUGAAUUGGAAAAGAGUCUCAAUUUUGAACAAAAGGCCGAGGCACUAAAGUCCUGCCUCAAAAAGCGUCCAGAGAAGGCAACGCUUGAGACGGCCAAUAUCAUCAAAGGUGCCGAUAUCGAUCCUUCAAUCGUUGCUGCCCAGGAAAGACUGAAGAGAGCACAAAUCGAGGAUACAUUGGAGGGAAAGCUAAGGGACCGUCCUGACGUCGAGGAGCUGAUGGAGAAGAAAGUACUCCUAUUUUCCGAGACGGUCGAGGUGCUUCCGACAUUCCGCAAGUCCGAAUACAAUCGCAAGCCUCCAACCGACGCCACGUUUAGGAAGCUAACACCGCAAAUGAAGAUUGCUAUUCGAGAAGAGCUGAACACGUACAAAAAGCUUGAGAUGCCUGUUCAUGAGCAGAGCUUGCGAAACACUUGCUUCCACUGAAAUACGAUCUGCCCUGAUCUGCCCUGAUC